UAAAAGUAUAGGUACAGUAGAAGAUGCAGAUAGUUUUAGCAAAGAUUCUUCUUUAACGCGAUGAAACGCACACACAAAACUGCGGUGAUAUGUUGGUGGUAACAGUGACAAUCGCCAUUUUGUUGUCGAGGAAUUUGAGGCUUCCAGCAUUUUGUAACUUUUCCCGAAAAUGAUGCUUGAUGCUCGGAUUUAGAAAUGUCGGAGCAGGAGCUAGCAGCCGAAUGUAGUUCUGAUGUUUUGGUGUCUUUUGGUGAGUCGCUGCACGUCAACACAGGACUACUGACAGUCGCCACAGUUUGUGGAGGACUAUGUGGGAUAUUAGCUGCUGCCCUCUUGUAUGUGUUUUGCCUGAAGACUUUAAUUUUGACAAGACAAGGUCACAAUGCAAGGAGGCUGCUUGAGCCCGAUGAUGGAGAAGUGGAAAACAAUGCCAGUGAUCAUGCCAGCAACAGCAAAAAGGAGGCUACGAAUGCCGCAACGAAUAACAAAGAGAAGAAACAGGCGCCUAUAAAUAGUGACGUGGCAGCAUUUGCAUCCAAAGCAAAAGUGGUGUACCCCAUCAACCAAAAAUACAGACCUUUAGCAGAUGGAGCAUCCAACCCUUCACUGCAUGAGUGCUCCAAGUUACCAGCAAUACCGAAAGAGGACUCCUCCUUGUCCUCCUUAGACAGAGAGUCAAUGAGCCAAGAACUGGACAAUGAUGACAGCAGUCAGUUCAUCUCCUCCUCAAUGGUCCCCAAGAGCCUGCAGAACCAGAGCUUUGCCAGGGUUUCCCACUACCCAUACACUUUGACACAAACGGGCUUUGAAGCAAGGAUCAACCUCCACUGUUUGGCUCUGCAAGAUGUGCAGCAGCUUUACUCUCAACUUCAAGAGGAAACAUAUAUUAUAUACCUUCAGAUGGUGAAAAAGAUAUUUUGCAGCCAUUUUCCAACAGACAAAAAUGAAGCAAAGCAAAUUCUUCAAUUGCAGCAAAAGGAAGUGGCUGAGCUGAAGAAACAGUGGUCAUCGGGCCAUGCUGCCGGUGAUAACAAUUCUGAUGCUCCUUGCACUUUGGAGGAAAUAGAGAGAGCUCAGAAAGAUUUUCUAGAAUGCAACCUUCAAAUGUCCAAAAGUUUUAGCAAGUUGGUGGAGGAGUUUUGCCAUGUGAUGAAGACCAGCAGUUUCACUGUAAAUGAAGCCCUUGAUGCUACUGCCUCUCUCAGCCAUGCUCUACUGGAGGUCGAAAAUCAUCUAAUGAAAGCACAAGAUGCAGAACUAAAGCGAAUCCACCAGAAGCUGUUGUGGUGGGAGGAGCUGACAGGGCUUCUCCAAUCUCAGCCUGCCUUGAUACAGCAGGAAGGGUUUCUGAGGCAGAACUUGAUGGCUACAACACUGGAGCAGCUGACCAGUGAGGACGUUUUGACCUUCAGCAGCAUGGAAACAAUACUUUCAGAGGUGCAGCACGCUCUUGCAGAGGGCCUUCAACAGUGCAGGGAGGAUUACACAAUCAAAACAAAGGAGUUGGUGAUGGAAAAGUGCAGCAAAAUAGAUGCCAAGCGAAAGAAGCUUCAUAGGAGCCAAGCCAAGGAGAGGAGUCGUGCGCUGGAGCUGAGACAGAUUCACGGUGACUCACUGCAGCUGACAAAGGAGUACCAGGAGCUGCUGUUAAAACAAAGACAGCAGCUUUGUGACUUUGAGCUGCUGCAGGAUGACCGUAUGGCUGAAAACCUCUGUAACCUUUGGACUAAACUCCGCAGUAACUGGUCAAAGAGGCUAGGGGAGAAAGCCAAGUACAUCUUUUGUACGUCCGUUUCUCAGUCCAAAGUGUCUGCCGAACACUGUCAAACGCUGUGGCUGGAUGUGCAGCAUCAGCUUGCUGCACAGCAGCAGCAGUUAGAGAGAACAAUCAAAUUGCAACUGGAUCAAAUGCGGACUCAGUUGGAUCAAGAGCGACAGGCAUGGACUGAGUCAAUGGCGCUGAUGCAUGCCAGCCUCAGUCGUCUGAGUAACCAGCAGAUCAAGAUCCUGCGAAUCAUGGUGCUCAGACAGAGCUACACACUUAACAGCCAAGUAGGGAUGCUGCUGGAGAAGAAAUAUGAACACCUGCUGGUAUCCAUACAACGCCAUUUCAUGGCCAGACACUUCUGUCUGCACGUGCUCAAAGAAAUGAGGCUGGCCAAGCUGAAGGUUCUCUCUCGGACUGACUUUCGAGCUCUGCUGAUUCAGGAUCCUGCCACAGUCCAGUCCUCUGUUGAUUCCACGCUCAAGACCAGCAAUGUCAGCCUAGCAGAGAGGCAUCUGGGUCCUGAGAGCCAACUGGUGAGCCACAGUUUCCAGCAAGAGUUCUUGUCUGAGCUCGAAACUGGGACUGAGGUUCUUCAGAAUCAUGCACAGCUACUGCUAGGGAACGCCCUCAGCCACGCUAUCCUACAGCGGAUGGAAGGCCAGGCCUCUGACUCACAAAGAAAAGAUGACGGCCUGAAGCACCGACUUACAGAGGGUGCAUCUGAAAGCGUGUACGUGACCAAAGAUUCUCUUGCCGCUCUCGUCCAAAGCUACUAUUCUCACAUGCAGGAUAUUGCCAAAAAUCUGCAACCACAGCAGUCAAACAUUAACCUUGAUGAGACUGAGCACAACUGCAAGAGCAGUGAGCUGAACAAAGCUCUGCUAAGAGAGCUGGAGAACUGGGAGAAGAAACCCAACUCUGCUAAGUUUCAACAGAGAGUUGAGCUCCAUAAAAGGAAGUUGUUAGAGCAGUGUGAUCUGGAACCGGAGGUGGUGUGCAAGGAACUGAGACAGAGAAAAGUAGCCCAGGAUCAAACCUUAGAAUGGAUCAAUGGACAGCUACAGGAGGCAGAAAGAAGCUUCAUAAGUGAGCUGGCAGCCUUGGCUCGGGUUUCUCUCCACUGUCCAGACUCAGAACCCAGCGAUGAAGAUGACAAUACAGGGGAUGGUAAUGCCUCUGUCAUGGACCUUCUUGCCCGGAACCCAGCCCUAGAUCCAGCCUUGAAUCCAUCACUGACUCCAACAGUUGUAGCUCCAGGCAUCAUGAAACCAGCAAAAAAGAAGAAAAGAGAGCGCGAGUCUCAUCUCAGUUGACACCAGAUCAUGUUUUUACGUAUAAAUCCAGUAAUAGAGUUUACACUCAUUAUUAGAAUUCUCUAAAUGCUCAAAUUAACACCUGUAUUCAGUUAGCCCCUCAGUCUCCUAUAGUCACCAGCCAUGUGGUCUACAAAAGCAAUUAGCCAUUUCUAAUGGUCUCUAAUUGGUGCCGGGUCAGAAAACAUUGGCAUUAACUGCUGUGGCUGUAGGCAACCUCCUGAUGUUGUUUUUAUCAACUCCACAAGAUGGCAGUAGUUGCAUUUGAAGAGUAGUCCGCAUCCAGCAGCUUUGUUUAACUCUGCAUGCCCUUUAAAAUGUUGGUAUUUUACACAGCUCUUGCACUAAACUGUUGGUGUUAAACUCAUGUGUGUUACGCAUGAGAAGUAUUAAUGCUGGCUAAGCAUCUCCUAACCUUAUAACAUUGGUUCUGUUGCUGCUGUGUUGGGCAAUACAUAAUAAUAAUAAUAAAUAAAAGUAUGUAGUCAAAGAGCCCGACAUUUUGCUUUUGUAAAAUUUUUAAAAAGUUGUUAUAUGUAAAGUUAGUUUUCAAAUAUGAGCAAUAGCAGCUUAGCUACAAUUAUCACCUGCUUCAAAUUAACACUCCAUCCUAUUUGCAGUUUAGGUAAAUGCCCCGGCUAUAAUUACAGCAUUUAUGGUAUGUCUACGAUACUGUUCAAACAAAAUAAAUCUGUUCUUUCCAUAGCUAAAAGGUCCACUCUAGUUAUAGUUACUGUACGAUGAAAUAUUUAUUAAUUAUUUGUCUGUUUGGUUAUACUUGUAUGUACACACAUGGGUCAUUUACUUAUUUGCUUUGCACAGAAUAAUCAUAUACAAAUAGUAUAUCAUCUAAAAUAGCUGGUUAAUUACUUCUGCCAACAGUGAAGUCUAACUGCAUGAGUGUUAUAUUGACAAAAGUAUUGGGACACCCAGCUGUAACACCAACAGUAAAUGAAAAUGGAA